AUGGCGCUCAACCACACGCCGGGCAUCAUAUUACUUAUUCCCGUACGUCCGCCUCCAGCCAUUGCCAGUGUUGCACGCGACGAAUGGCACCGCCAUGGCCAUUGGUCUGGCUCGACAUGGACGAAGCAGCUGAGGGCGCAUACGCCGGCACCAAUUGCUCGCUCGUCUCGCAGGGCAGCGCAGUGGCUCAAGGGACCCAAGCCGCGCACAAGAUACAUCAUCGCCCCCUGGUUGGAGCGCUGGCAGACGCUGCCGGCACGUCUGCUGGCCCGGCUUCCGCCCUGGAUGCGCAUCGCCAUCUAUAGCACCGCAUGCAUAACAUACAUCGCCAUCUUCGCCACCAUCAUCACGCACGCCCAGGGCCGCUCCGACAUUGGUGGGCUGGGGCCGCCCGUCAGGCUGUCGUGCGUCAACACAUUGUGGCCCUCGCCCCAGGCCUGCCGGCUUGAUGGCCGCGACUGCUUCCCCUUCUCCAAUGCGUCCUUUGCCUUCGACUGCCCCGCCGGCUGCGCCAGUGCCCAGGUCCUGAACCCUCAUGCCAUCGGUCCGCACAGUGUAAACUACCGCAGUCUGGUCGUUGGAGGCUCUCCUGCCUCCGCCCACGCCGACGCAUUCGUCUAUCGUGGCGACUCGUUCAUAUGCUCUGCAGCCAUCCAUGCCGGCGUCAUCAGCAGCACCAAUGGUGGUUGCGGCCUUGUCUCCCUGAUCGGACAGCACAACCACUUUGGCGCCGUCCGUCGCAACGGCAUUGACAGCAUUGCCUUCGACUCGCAUUUUCCCAUGUCCCUCGCCUUUGACCGAACCCCGGCCCAAUGUCAAGACCCGCGCUGGACCUUGCUUGUCCUCUCCACCGUCUUCUCGGCCCUCUUUGGACUAUUCACCACGAGCCCUGCCACCUUCUUUGCCCCUGUCUUUGCCAUAUUGUUCUUCCAGACCGCAAUGGCCUCGGAUCCGCCCCCAUACUCUGACUACGCGUCCUUGGCCUCGACGACACUUGGCCGCUUCUUGCCUGCCGCGUUGGCUGCUGCCCUCCUGUAUCGCUUUAGCGUCGGCAUAUCCCUGCGCAACUGCAAGGCUCAGGUCGAAAAGACCAUCUUGUGGGUCGGCGGCGCAUGGGUCGGCGCGCUGGGAAACUACACGUUUGAACGCAUACCCAUCCAGCGGCUGACUGCGCACGAUAUACGCCAGCAGCCUGGUGCUGUUACAGCCCUGGUCCUCAUCAUUAUUGUCUUGUUUGUACUUGUUCUCUAUCAAGCAUGGUGCUUCCGCAAUGAGGGCCGACUGCCGCGCUUCCUCGCACUGUACCUUGUACUGGGUAUUGGUCUUGGCAUCCUUGCUGCCAUACCACAUCUUACUCUGCGAAUGCAUCACUACAUCAUUGCACUCCUGCUUCUUCCCGGCACAGCACUGCAGACACGCGUCAGCUUGCUAUGUCAGGGCCUGCUGGUAGGCUUAUUCGUCAAUGGCAUCGCGCGAUGGGGCUUUGAUGCCAUUCUGCAAACUGCUGCUGCGCUCAGGGGAGAUGCACAGCUGGGCACUGCCAUCCCAGCCAUUGCCGAACCCGUCAUCAACGGCUCGACAAUCACCUUUGCAUGGAAUAGUUUGCUUGAUGGCUAUCAAGGUGUCAGUGUACUCGUCAAUGAUGUCGAGAGAUACAGAGGGUCUAGUGGCACAACCCAAGGCACCUACACUUGGCAGAGGACACAACAAGGUGUGAACGAAUACUUUAGAUUCGGCUUCGUACGAUACAAGCUCUUUGGAGCCAUCUCGUACAGCGAUUUCACCAGGGCGGGAACGUGGUUUGCCAAUGGAACGUGGUCUGGCAUACCCUUUGGUCGUACAUAG